CAGUAAAUUUUUAUCUAUUUUUUUGUGUGUGUAAAUAGCAUUUUUUUUUUAAAAAAAAAAAUUUAGAGUCCUCGUGCUAGAAAUAUGGGCACUUAAUUUGACUGUAGAAAAGUAAAGAGUCGGUCAAGAGAGUCUACCACUUUGGCUUGGAGGAAGCUGACCAAUAGGAUUCAACUUUAGUGUGCUCCACAAAUUUCGCACCUGAACCAAACAAGAGAAGGCGCGUUUCGAAAACUUGGAUCGUUUUUAUCAUCUUUGUUUGAGGUUGCUGCAUGCAGAGUUUUGUUCUGCAAAUAAUCCCCAGAUUCUCUUGAAGAGACCUCCGAUGAACUCCGAAGAGCCAAAGCUGCUGUUUCUCCUCGCUCCCAUAUUUGUUUUCUGCUGUUGCAACCUCCAUGCCGUCGCGGCACGUCACACCAUCACCGCCGGCAAUCCUCUCACCAGUAACCAGCCCAUCGUCUCCGAAAACGGAGAUUUCGAGCUGAUUUUGCCCACGCCAGAUGAUUUCUACUAUGCUCGCCCCGCCAUUUGGUGCAUGAAAUAUAAUCUCGAGGUCCCAGUUUGGUCUGUAUAUAUAGAUAGCACCGUGGUCACCACCGACGAUUUGCAGCUAAGUAUCUCCGAUGACGGUAAUUUAAUCCUCCUCUCCAAAGAUGGCAGUUUAAUUUGGUCGACCAACGUGACAUCACCGGCGGCGAGUAAUUCGACAGUUGCAGUUCUGCUAGACAGCGGAAACCUGGUUCUGCGAGAUGGACUGAACUCUUCAAAUGUGUUGUGGCAGAGCUUUGAUCACCCAUCCGAUACGUGGCUCCCAGGAGCACCACUUGGGUUCGACCGGUCCACCGGGAAUCACAUCUUCUUAACUUCAUUUUAUGUUGAUCCCUCCUACUACUCUUCACUCGAUGUAGAGACAGUUGGAAGUCCCCAGUUCGUGUUACAAACGAACGGAUCAGGUGAGUAUGAUCACUCUGUCCAGCAUUUAGUUGUUCCUACCGUGAUAGAUAUUCAUCAAGAUAGCCAAAGAGGCACUUUCACUUUUCAUGGCAGAGAUGGCUAUACUAUUAUUGUUUUGGAUGGUAAGUGGAUUUACAGGCAUACAUGUUCGGAGAAUCCCUCUGUGGGGUGCUUUCUUCAGUAUUAUCCCUUUUCUUCUUGCGUUGUCCGUUUCUACUGUGGGCCUUUUGGUAUCUGUAAUGCAACAAGCAUGCAAUGCAUAUGCCCAGAGGGAUUUUUACCGACUGACCCACAAUCUUGUGAAGGAGGAGAUUGCAUCAAUGGAUGUCGCAGAGUCACCCCUCUGAGUUGCAAGAAUGAGAGCUCGAGCUAUAGGGGUUAUAUUUUUGAGAACUUACCUGACAAUCCUCAAAGUUUCCCUGCCAGUGAUCAUGAAGAAUGUGAGUCUGCCUGCACAAGUAAUUGUUCUUGCACCGCUUACUCUUUUAGUUUUGGCUGCAAGUUAUGGCACGGAGAUUUGAUCGAUUCGGCCCUAUGCGAUCAUUGCUCCGAUGGCUCGCCAAUUAGCAUACGAACAGAAAUAGAUUCUCGGAGAAGAAAUAAGCAUCCAGAGCGGUCGCUUAUAGGACUGAGCGUAGGUGUAGUAUUAGGGACUGCGACUGUCUUGGCUGUCGGUUUGAUCGUUACUUGGAGAUGCAAGAAAAGAUCACGCACUACAGACCCAAUUUAUUCGAAGAGUUUUCGAGUGUUCUCCUACUCUAAUCUGACGAGUGCUACCAAGAAUUUCUCAAGGAAGCUGGGCCAAGGGAGCUUCGGAAGUGUUUUCAUGGGGACGUUGCGUGAUUCAACGCUUGUGGCCGUGAAGAAACUCCAAGGACUCAGGCAGGGAGAGAAGCAAUUCAGAGCAGAGGUGAUCACGGUCGGUAUGAUUCAGCAUAUUAACAUAGUUCGCCUCCUCGGCUUUUGUGCGGAAGGAGCUAGAAGAUUGCUCGUCUACGAGUUCAUGACGAACGGCUCUUUAGACUCUCACUUAUUUUCAAAAACUAAUUCCAAUACCUUCUUAGAUUGGAACCAGCGAUACCGAAUAGCAAUUGGAAUUGCGAGAGGCUUAGCUUAUCUCCAUGAGAAAUGCAAGGACUUCAUCAUACACUGUGAUAUUAAACCGGAAAACAUACUCUUGGAUGAGCAUUUAUCUCCAAGAAUCGCAGAUUUCGGCAUGGCGAAGCUCUUCACGAGAGACGGAAGCCGGGUCCUGACAACUAUGAGGGGGACAAUAGGAUAUCUCGCGCCGGAGUGGAUAUCGGGGCUAGCUAUCACGCACAAGGCCGACGUUUAUAGCUUCGGGAUGAUGCUUUUCGAGGUAAUUUCUGGCAGGAGAAACACGGAGAGGUCGGAAGACGGAACGUAUGUGUAUUUUCCUACUUGGGCCGCAGCGAAAAUCCACGAAGGCGAGGUCGCAUGCUUGUUAGACAACAAGUUGAAGGGUGAAGCAAACAGCGAAGAGCUCGAAAGAGCAUGUAGAGUUGCUUGUUGGUGCAUUCAAGAACUUGAAAGCAGUAGGCCAGCAAUGGGACUAGUUGUUCAGAUGCUGGAGGGAGUUCAAGAGGUCAACAUUCCUCCUAUACCUACAUACCUGUGUAAUUUUGUGUGGGAUGAGAAUGGCUCAAAUGAUACUCAGGUACGUGGGCAUUGCGUCGAUGUUUUCGCUGAAUAAGGAUUAAAUAGGUCUCCAUGGGUGAGGCAUCAGUAGUCUUAUUAAGGUUUUGUUUUAGUAGCGGGUCAGGUGAAACUAUGAGACUCUGGCUUUUCUCUCAAUGAAGAUGUUUAGUUUUAAAAUAAGACUCAUGUUCAAAUAAAGAGGUUUUGAUGAACGGUGA